AUGGCCAGGGACCCCAGUCAUCUGCCGCGUGCCUGCCGACACCCAGCAAUCCAAGCGAAGGCCGCAGAAGCUGCCCUGGAAAUCAGCCGUAUGGCAAUUGAAGAGCAGCUAAAGAUAUGUGGCCACAAGAGGGAUGCUGAUGUCUUUGAGCUGUUUCUUUCUCAAAAGGAGCUGACAGAGGUCAUUGAUCUUUCUAGGUUUAAAAAAUUAAAAUACUUAUGGCUACAUCAUAACAAGCUCCAUGGAAUAACAUUUCUAACCAGAAACUAUUGUCUGGCAGAACUAUAUCUAAACAACAAUGCAAUAUUUGAUAUAGAAGGCCUGCACUAUUUGCCUUCAUUGCAUAUACUCCUGCUACAUCAAAAUGAGUUAAUAAACCUUGAUGCAACAGUAAAAGAAUUAAAGGGAAUGCUAAAUCUGAAGACCCUAACUCUCUACCAAAACCCUUUAUGCCAGUAUAACCUGUACCGUCUAUAUAUAAUCUACCACCUGCCAGGAGUCGAGUUGCUCGACCGAAAUCAAGUUACAGAAAAGGAAAGAAGGUCAAUGAUUACGCUUUUUAACCAUAAAAAGGCUCAUAUUGUUCAGUCAAUAGCAUUCAGAGGAAAAGUAGAUGCCUCAUGGGAUCCUCGAUCACCAUUUAAGCAAAAACCAGCACAGAGAGUACCUUCAGACUUUGCAUUUGCGAAUAAUGUAGACAAAACUAUGUUUGAUGACCCAGAAGAUGCUGUUUUUGUAAGGUCCAUGAAGCGAUCGGCAAUGUCUAUCACCUCUCUGAACUGGGACACGGUGCCAACACGAGAGGAAAAAUACCUUGAAGAGAAAGACACAGGGCCUGCCCAAAUGCUUACAAUCACACUGAGAUAGCCCCUGGUGUUUCUAGAAAUCUUAGCAGUUUUCAGUUAUAUAUUAAACUUUUCUGUGAUUAGCAUAUUCUUUAUUUACUGUGGUGUUAUUUGAAACAUUAGAAUGUAAACAGAAACACCAAGGAAAAAUAAUUCCUACACUUUCUCUUAAGUUUCUUUCGAAGUUAAACAUGGAUAUAGAAAAAUACGCAAAUCAUAAGUUUUAACAAAUUUUCAAAAAAAUGAACACGUACAUCCUAGAUCAAGAAAUAGAACAUUACCAGUAGUCUAGAAACCUCCUCAUUCCUGUUACCAGUCCAAUGACCAGUUACUACAUCAUCCUGAUUUCUAAGCCAUGUAUUGUGUUUCUAAACACAUAUAUUAGAUAUUAAUAUAUAUAUUAGUAUGGUUUCUAAACCAUAUAUUAAUGUUUUUGAAAGGCAUAUAAAUGGAACCAUAGAAGCUGAAUUAUUUUUUCUGGCUUCUUUUACUCCACAUUGUAAAAUAGACCCAUGUUGUUGCUGGUAGCAAUAAUUCUGUUGUGCUCAUUGAUAUAUAUAGUAUUCCACUAUAUGACCACAACACAAGGUAUGACUUUCGUCCUCACCUUUGGAGGCAUUUAUCAGUUCUGGGUGUGAGCUUAUGAUCUGUGGUUGGCCUACCCAGCAGCGCUCCGUAAGAGGGAAGCAAAACCAGAAAAGUUUCCAGCAAUUGCCUGGUGCUGAGACACAAAACUGGACAUGUAAGGUAACCCAAAAUAUAUUGCUGAUCUUCUCCAGCUAAGCUCAAGAGCUAGAUGAAAGCUAGAUAAAAAGCAGAGCAACAUGUCCCCUUAUCUGAUGGUGCCUAGACAUUAUCACACUGUACCACAGACACACUGUAGAAGUGGGGCUGAAAUCAAAAGCAAGAGAUGAAAGCCCUAGAGGGAGUAGUGAACGUCGCCAAGCAUCUGUGGCCUCCUUUUCCCUGUGGGCACAUAUGAUUCUGUGCACAGCUGGCAUCUGCAGAGUCUGGUGUGGUGGUUGGCAGGAGGUUACAGCUGAAGAAAAGAAAGAGUUUCAUGAGUGGCUGAUAUAAAGGCAAAAAUGAUGGCAUGGUGGGUUCCAAGAUUACUUCACAGGAAGAAUCAAAAUGUUCUCUUCCUCUCUCUCCUUCUCACUUAACCUGCAGGAAGCCAGCUGUCAUGUCAUGACACUUAUGCAGUCCUCUGGAGAGACCAACGUGGUGAAGAACUGAGACCUACUUCCAGAAGUAAGUAAGGAAAUAAGUCCUCUGCUGACAACUAUGUGAGUUACAAUUCUUCCUCCAGACCCAGUUAACCACCUUGCAAGUGGGCCUUCCAGAUCCCAUUUAAGCCCCAGAGGACUGUAGCCCUGGUUGAAAGCUUCGUAACACCCUCCUGAGAAACUCCAAGCCAGAAUCACACCAUCAAGCUGCUUCUAUUUUUGGCCUGCAGGAACUUCAUGAGAUAAUGCUUACUGAUGCUUCAAGCUGAUAAACUUUGGGAUAAUUUGCUAUACAGGAAUAGAUAAUUAAUACAAUGUGUGUGUGUGUGUGUGUGUUCCAUCGCUCAGUAAUAUCCAACUCUUUCCUUAUGGACUGUAGCCUGCCAAGCUCCUCUGUCCAUGUUAUUUCCCAAGCAAGAAUACUGGAGUGAGUUGCCAUGCCCUCCUCCAGGGGAUCUUCCCAACCCAGCAACUGAAGCCUCAUCUCUUGUGUCUCUUGCAUUGGCAAGGUGGGUUCUUUACCACGGAGUCACCUGGGAAGCCCCAAGUAACACAAUAUCCAGCCUAAUCUAUAAUGUGAGAAGUAUUUGUUGUAAGUAACGGUAUCUUGUGAAGCCUCUGGGAAGCUGAGUGGGGUUACAGUGCGGUCUUCAAGGGUCACAGCAUCAGCAGCAGAGAGCUAGUCACUGAUCAGUUUGAGGAAAGGUGCUGCAUCCAUUCUAGAACUGGGAGCCUGGGCUGAACUUAUCAUGAACUGAGUACCAUGAGACCCACCAACCAAUAAUGUUGGGUGGGCAGAGCAACAAUCUAUUUCAGGAUGGAAAUGGUGUAUUUUGGCUCAGAUUUAAGAUGGCUCAUAAACUGCACAAGCAGUAUUACUUUUUAAUUAGAUUGCAGUAAAUGGAGGAUGGGGUAUUGCAAUACUCAGGUUAACCACUAAAAGAAUAGUAAAAAAAAAAAAAAGAAAAAAGUUAUUUUUAAUCCCACAAUCACUAAAAAGGAAGAAAAAUUUAUUCCAACUGCAAAAAUAUGUCUAACAAAUUUUACUUAAUCUUUUUAGAGAACUAAUGGAAAAUAUAUCUCAUUUGUAUGAAAAAGAUUUGUUUUAAAAUGCACUCCUCAAUACCAGGUACUUCUGGUUCAAGAAUGAAGGCCGGUUAGUUCCAAGACAGGAAAACAGUACAUCAAAUAUCAUUUGGAGAGAAGGAGAAAAUAAAUACAUGAUCCUUACCUAAAUAAUCUAUAACUCUACCAAAAUGGAAUGCACAAUUGAGUCUCUUUAAUUAAGUUAUUUGU